AAUAAAUACAUUCACUUCACCUUAGUGAAUAAAAUAAAUCGUGACAUGAGGACAUCAGCUUAUGUUUAGUCGAGCGACAAACUUGAACAGCCUCUAACAGCCCCCACAAUUUGACCUUUUGCAUUAUCUAGAAAGAAUACGCGUCAGUGAUCGAGCUUUUCAUGGCCGAAACUUUCGGUUUUCCAACUCGAAUCUUCCCUCCGCCAUUUCGUCCCUCGAAGGUUUAGAAUAAAUUAACAAAAUGGGGAAUACACACGCUAGAAAGCCAGACGAUACCAGUAAAAGAAGACGACGUCCAAAUAGUAUCGCUGUUGACAAACCAAUCGAAACUCUGACAACAGAAUCAAGUGGAAAACGUGAGUUAAGAAGAAACUCUAGCCAGAACUCCUUCCGAAGACGAUACACGGAAUCCGGCAAUUACGCUUACAAGACACCUUGGCCAGCACCAAUGAGUGAGGUGGUGUUCUGGCCAGAAUAUGAAUCAAAACCUCCCGUUAGAUUCACCGAUUUUGAGCUCGUAGCUAAUAUCGGCAAAGGAGCAUUUGGACAUGUACUUCAAGUAAGGAAAAGAAAUACAGGGGAAGUGUUUGCAAUGAAGAUUUUAAACAAAGCUGAAAUUAUAAAGGAAAACGCCAUACAACAGUGUAAAGAUGAAGUUAACAUACAGACUAAAAUAAAAAACUUCCCAUUUCUUGUCAAGACCUGGCACACUUGGCAGACGAAACAUAAUUUAUUCAUUGUCUCAGAUUUUGUUGAUGGGAGUGAUCUCUUUACAUUAUGGAUUCAAGAAAAAACCCUUAAAGAAGAUCUUGUUCGGCAAUACAUUGCUGAACUAGCUUUAACACUUGACUUUCUUCACAAGUGUGGAGUAGUAUACAGAGACUUGAAGCUUGAGAAUGUGCUAUUGGACAAACAAGGGCACAUCAAGAUUAUUGACUUUGGCUUAUCCAAGCUAAUGAAUACUGAAGAUAUGAGCAAUACAAUCUGUGGUACCUUACAGUAUAUGGCCCCAGAGACACUAAGAGGAGAGAAAUACAAUUACCUGGUUGACUGGUGGGCUUUGGGCAUCGUCAUGUACGUCUUACUCGUUGGCAAGUAUCCUUAUGCUGUUUCCAAGGAUCAUCAGUCGCAAUCCAAAGUUGUGCAAUUAGCAGAAUUCGAGUUUCCAGAAAAUCUGUCUUCAGAAGCCGUCGACCUAAUGACGCAGCUUUUACAAAAAAAACCUAAGAAUCGACUGCAUUCACUGGAAUCUCUUCAGCGACAUUCAUUCUUCAAGAAAUUCUCUUUCGACGACGUAUUAAACAAAAAGACCCAACCUGUAGACGAAGAGAUUUUGCAGAAAUUAACAAAAAGAAGUACCGCCUCUCGAACGGCUUUUCCACGAAAGGUUGAGCCAAGAAAAGACAAAAAGCCUCGCCCUCUGUCAUGGGCCAGUCCUGGUAACUUUACGAUACACGAUAAAGUAGAGAUGGACUGGUUGGUAGCAGACCUCGAAAGUCUGAGUAACGUGGAGUCUGUGACAACCACAAGCGUGACCACUAAAACUCCGCUGACACCGGUUGGUGAAUUAUGCACUGCUGCGUCUUAGACGUCGCUGGUGGUGCACACAUAUUGUAUAUGCCUCUAAAAAUAUAGACCAGAUUUCGUAUGACUAUGAAAACUUGAAAACGUGACGUGCCGUGACCGUGCUGUGGCUUUCGAUUCAAGGGUGGUGUAGCGUUAGUAUACUUGCCUCUCAGCUCUGAGGUCUCGGGUUUGAUACCUGGUCUCAGCAUCACGUGUAAGUAAAGUUUGUUAUGUCUCUCCCUUGAUUCAAGGGUUUUUUCUGGGUUCUAUAGUUUAUUUUCCUCUGCCAAAUGUCGUACGGUUUCAGUCACAGUCAUGCGGAAUCUAAACACCAGACUACUGUCUUGGUCUGCUAUUGUACAGCAAAAAUCAAAAUAUUGUGGUACGGCUUCAUCUUUUAUCUGAAAAUUAACGUUUUUUGCUCUCUUUCACUCGCCCCUUCCCCUAAGAAGCGUCUUUUCGUUGUGCUUUCUUGAUAAAAUAUGGUUAACACCC